UUGUAUAUCGAAUGAUGAAUAAUAAAAAAAAUGUUUCAAUCAUUAAAAAUAUCGUUGUUGUUAUUUUUUGUAAAUUGUUUUGACGAUGGACUAAGUGAACAAUGUCGUCCAUUAAAUCAACAAAGACAAGGUUUUCGUCUUGUAUUACGUUAUCCACCCGGUUGGUGCGUAUCGAUGCCACGUGAUGAAUGUGAUGGUCCAGCUGAUUGGAUUAUUCAAGGUUUUUGGCCAACACCAAUAAUCGCACAUGAUGAUCAUUCGACAACAAGAUUUAAUCAUCAUCGUAAUCGAUUACAAUUUUGUUGUCAUAAACAACAAUUCAAUGAAAAAAAAUUGGCAUCGAUAAUCGAACAAUUGAAAAUAUAUUGGCCAUCCGAAUCGUAUACAAAUCAUCACGAAUAUUGGCAACAACAAUGGAAUCGAUAUGGUGCAUGUUCACAUGAUCCAACUGCAAUAAAUCGACCACUUUCACGUAUACAUAAUUAUGAUCAAAUUGAUGUGGCAGAAUAUUUUGCUCUAGCAUUAGAUCUUUUUCGUCGGAUACAUAUUCGAAAAUGGCUUGAUGAUAAUCAUUUGACACCAUCGAAUAAUCAUACAAUUCAAACGAAUAGAAUUCGUGAAACACUUAAUUCUCAUCUAAAUCAAAUGGAUCAAAGUUCUAUGGUUUAUCAAUUACGAUGUGCACACGGUGGUAACAACGAUAUAGUUAUUCCAAAAACUCGACGUCGAAAUAUUUUGAAUGAAAUUCGAUUUUGUUUUGAUGAUCGUUUAGAAAUGAUUGAUUGCGCGAAAUUUGCGGAUACAGAUCAACAUACAGGACGUACAGGCAUCUGUGAUGAUGAUCAUGUUUAUUAUGUUGAUAAAUCUGGUUGGCCAUAGUUACUAUUGGAAUGAAUAAUUCUUUUUUUUCCGAAUACAAAUUUAAGCUUCCUACGCAUUGACUUUUUGUUUGUUGAUUGGAGUUUUUUUUUCUUUUCCUAAAAUUUCGAUGUUCUUGGCUUUAUCAUAAAGGAAUGUAAAUGUAAACAUACAUCAAACAUUGAAUAAAUUCUUU